AAUCCUCUGCCGCAGCAGCACAACCGGUCACCGGAGGAGGGGGUAGCACGGUCGAACAGGAAUGGGCCGCGCAGGCUAAGCUAGUGGACAAGGCCGAAAUAGCUCGGUCUUUACGUAGAAAGAUAUAAUUACCGAGUCAAAGAGACUUCACGACAAGAACGAGGCGAAAACCCGCACAGGCCGGACCCCCUCCUCGCUAUGCUUUAGCCUACAGCGUAUAUACCCACAGUCUCCUGCUGAAAAAAAAAAAAAAAAAGACCUCAUAAAAAAAAAACGUCGGUUGAUUAUAUUUUCAAGGGCGUUUUCGCUUUAAUUCAGACGCCGAAUUUUUGGUUUCGGCGGCGGGCGUAGGGAUACGACGCCUCGUUCUGCCGGUUUGUCCGCGAGCGCUGCGGUCCCCGGUUUCGCCCUUCAGAACCUCCGCCGCCUCCCCGCUCCCCCCGUCAGCUGCUGCGCAUCAGCACAACAUGCAGGAUGAGCCUGGGGGGGUGACAGCCACGCAGACCCCCCCGCCAGCCGAGGAAGAAGAGGACCGCGGCAGCGGCACGACGGUCGGCAAACCGAACCAGAGCGACGGCCAGCCGAGCGCGUUCGCCCCGGAUUACGGCCACCUGAACCGGAGGACCGCUUUCCCGGGCUUCGACCGGGAGCCCUUCUGCCCGACGCAGUCCAUCUGUGACCUUCGGCACGGCCGGAAGAUACACCAGCAGCUAAGUCAGCACGCCGACUUCCCCCCGGCGGCGGAGUCCCACCCACCCCAGGGACUGUUCGGUCACCUGCCGCAGAGGCAGCCCUUCUCCAAAGCCCGGCCCCACGCCGCCGACCCCCGCGGCUCCGCAGUGGAGGAGGCCGAGGCCGAUGCCGCAUCGCCGUCGCCCUCUUCCGUCAACCUGAACACCAUCCAAAUGGACUCCCCCAUCGCCCACCAUCUGAAUAACGGCAAUGGCAGCAGCAGCAGCACCGGCAACAUGUUGUCCGGAGGUCUCGGCGCCGCUUUCCCGAACCUCCCAGCCCCGGAGAUGCAGAGCGCCGGCGGGGGGUCGUCCUCGCCCUCCCUCCCCGGGUUCGGCACCCCGUGGUCCGUUCAGACCAGUUCCUCGCCCCCCCCGCCCGUGCCCAGCUCCAUCAAUCCCAUCCACGCGAACGCUCUCGGCCAGAUGCCCGGCACGGACUCUGAGAACAGCUUUUACCCAGGUAUCCCUUCCUCCAUCAACCCGGCCUUCUUCCAGAGUUUUUCGCCGGUGUCGGCUAAUCCGUGCGCCGGGAUUAAUGUGCAGGGCUUCAGCGGUCCCUUUUCGCCUCAGAUAAACGUCCCCCAGCAGCCGCAGAGCCGCAGGUCCCCCGUCAGUCCCCAGAUGCACCCCCAGCAGGGCGCCUUCCUGCAGCAGAGGAACAAUUACAACCAGCACCAGCCCAUGGUGAAGCCAUCUCCUUGGGGCAGUCACCAGGGGAACGGCUGGGGCUCCGGUGGGAUGUCCUGGGGCAGGGACCACCGCAGAGGGAGCGGCAUGGGCGUGCCCGGCUCGGUCAGCCAUGCCUCGCCCCUGAAGAAGCCCUUCUCAAGCAACGUCAUCGCCCCACCCAAGUUCCCACGCUCCGGGGCGUCGCUCGGACCUAAGUCCUGGAUCGAGGAGAACAUGUUCAGGACCGACAGCAACAGCAACUCCUUGUUGCCACUGCAGGACCGCUCCAGAAUGUACGACAGUCUGAACAUGCACUCCCUGGAGAGCUCCCUGAUCGACAUCAUGCGAGCCGAGCAGGACCCCAUGAAAGGCCGUGUGGGAUGCCCUAACCCCGGGGCUGACGGCCUCCUCAUGCUCAAUGCCAGGAGCUAUGGGAGACGUCGAGGCCGCUCCUCCCUCUUUCCUAUUGAUGACAAUCUCCUCGACGAUGGCCACAGCAACCAAGGUGUCCCAGGAGUGCUCGGCUCCCCCAACUGCUACCCCCACCAAAACGGGGAACGCAUUGAGCGUUUCUCCCGCAAGGUGUUUGUGGGAGGUUUGCCCCCAGACAUAGACGAAGAUGAAAUCACCUCCAGCUUCCGUCGCUUUGGUCACCUGGUGGUGGACUGGCCCCACAAAGCGGAGAGCAAAUCCUACUUCCCACCAAAAGGGUACGCCUUCCUGCUGUUCCAGGAGGAGACCUCGGUGCAGGCUCUGAUCGAGGCCUGCAUGGAGGAAGACGGGAAGCUGUACCUGUGCGUUUCCAGCCCCACUAUCAAGGACAAACCCGUGCAAAUUAGACCUUGGAACCUCAGCGACAGCGAUUUUGUAAUGGACGGAUCUCAGCCCCUCGAUCCCCGCAAGACCAUCUUUGUAGGAGGGGUCCCACGCCCCCUGAGAGCAAUUGAGCUGGCCAUGAUUAUGGAUCGCCUCUACGGCGGAGUGUGCUAUGCAGGAAUCGACACGGAUCCGGAGCUCAAGUACCCCAAGGGGGCGGGACGGGUGGCCUUCUCCAACCAGCAGAGUUACAUCGCCGCCAUUAGCGCCAGAUUCGUCCAGCUGCAGCACGGCGACAUUGAUAAGCGGGUGGAGGUGAAGCCCUACGUGUUGGACGACCAGCUGUGCGAUGAGUGCCAGGGGGCCCGCUGCGGGGGGAAAUUCGCUCCCUUUUUCUGCGCCAACGUCACCUGUCUCCAGUACUACUGCGAGUUCUGCUGGGCCAACAUCCACUCCCGCGCCGGGCGAGAGUUUCACAAGCCCCUGGUCAAGGAGGGCGCUGACCGCCCCCGCCAGAUCCACUUCCGCUGGAACUAGAGAUCUGGGUUCCACAUUCACGAUUACACAGUCCAAGGAAAGGGAAACGAAUCACAGGCUAACAGGAAAAAAGAGCGUCGCUCUGCCUCUCUCCUGCUUUCCUAAGCUAUCAGUAUAAUCAAGUGCGUAACACUAUACAGUAUAUACUAUAUAUAGCUAUAUAUCUUUUGUAGCAGCCAAACACCACAAGCCUCAGUUUUUCACCAAAACCCCCCUCACAUCUCAGGCUCUGACAACUCUACAACUCUUUUGUGGUACUUUCAUCUUUUCUAAGAGAAGAUUUAAAAAGAGAUUGAUUUUUGUAGCUUUUUUUAUUAUUAUGAUUAUGAUUAUUAUUAUUAUUAUUAUUUUUGUAUGUGAGAUUCAAAGUAGAUACGGGAAUGUUUUUUGCAUGGGGGCAGCUCGUCUGUCUGUUUGUUCUGCUGCUAGCAACCACACAGUGCGCUCAGCGCGCACCGGUUUCCAGAAGAAGAGAAAAAAAAACUCGAUUCUUUGACGUUACCACCUGCCGCAGGUCAUUAACCAAAGGUAGCAAAAACGAUAGGAAGCGUAAAAAUCGACACAUCGUCUGCCGCAAAACAAAACCUUGUUUUUUAAUGUUGCCAUGGGCUCUUUCUUCUUUUUUAGAGAGUUUAGUCAAGGAAAAAGAAAAUAAGGUUAUUUUUUUGCGCUCAUACUGACCUGUAGAGUGAUACCUCAAAAUACAAAAUCUGGUUUCUUCUAACUUUAUACAACAUUUCUACUUAACAAGCUACUUUAGAAGCUUUGCUGCUAUAUAUACAUAUAUAUGAAUAGAUAUGUAAGUAUAUUUAAUGCCAUUUAUGAACCCGAAUCAUGUAAAAUUAAAUGCAGUAUGCACUCAACCACUUAUGGCCCCCGUUGCCAUAGAAAGAGUUAGAGUGCAUGUGACCACAAUAGGCUUAACUACACAAAUAGCAUGCAGGAUAGAUGUGAGGAGAAAAAAAAAACUACUAAAUUAAGCUAACAAAAAAAUAAAUAAAUCCCUGCAAUCGUACUUAAAGGCAAAGAGAAAAAUUCUAUAGUGAUUCAAUAGCAUGAUCAAUUACAGAAGCCUGAGAGGGAAAAAAUCUGACGACGUUAAAUAAGUUAAAAAAAUAACAUGUAAACUUGCAUGCGUUGAUAAGUCUCUGUCGUUUGAUCUGUUUACAUAUUAUCGAUUCAAAAAAGAGUGAACUAGCUUCACCUGUAGACUUAGUGGACGCCAUCGUUUGGUGGCUUACCUGGCAAAAAAGAAGAAGAAAAAAAAGGCGAAAAAAAAAACAAAAGAGGAAAAA